GUUUUUGCUAGUUGUGUGAUGUGUAUUCGAUAAGUUGCAAUAUUUAAUACUUACAGUAGGAUAGUAAUAUUGUAGCAAAUUUAAAUAAUUACUUUAUAAUGGCAACUGAGGCUGUUCAAAUAAUUAACACAGAUCGAAAUGAAAAUAAUUCAAUAAGACUAAAUGUAAAUGCUCUCGAAAGUAUUCUUUUGCGACCGGAAAUUAGAAACCAGAAGAUCUGUGUUAUUUCAAUAGCAGGAACUUUCAGACAAGGCAAAUCUUUUUUGUUAAAUUUUUUUUUAAGAUAUUUGAAAUUAAGGCAUGGGACUUCUCCAAUUGAUCCUAAUUCUGAUUGGUUGGAUCCCAUACAUGGCUCGCAUUUAUCAGGUUUUUCGUGGGAACAUGGGUCUAGUGCCCAUACGAAUGGUAUUUUAAUGUGGCCAGAAGUUUUCACUAUUCACAAACCCUCAUCAAAUGAAGAAAUUGCAGUCAUUUUGCUUGAUACUCAAGGUGCAUACGACAAUGAAACCACUACACAAAAUUCGACAACAAUUUUUGCCCUUAGUACAUUGAUAAGUUCCGUACAAAUUUAUAACGUAAUGCGCAAUUUGAAUCAAAAUGAUUUAGAAUCUUUAGAGAUGUUUGGUCAGUAUGGGAGAUUAUUUACAAAUGAUGAUUAUCCGUUCCAAGAUCUUUGGAUUUUAAUCCGGGACUGGCUUGCACCUUACGAAAGGCCAUUUGGUACUUCAGGGGGUGAGACUUUGCUUCAUGACAGACUUUACAGUCAUCAUGAUACACUUCCUAACGAAAUAAAUGGGCAAAGAGAUAAUUUGCGCAAUUUAUUUAAACCAAUUAAAUGCUCUCUGUUGCCAUUUCCUGGUGAGAGGGUAGCCGCCGACGACAAUUUUAGAGGAGAUCUAAAUGAAAUCAGUGCUAAUUUUAAACAUUAUGUUAAACAACUAGUUGAGUGCAUUUUUGAACCAGAAAAUCUGGCAGUAAAACGUUUUAACGAAAAAGAAAUCACUGCAGAGGAUUUAUUUAGACGUUUUGACAUAUACACUGAAAUACUUAGAGAUGGUUUGCCACAAGUUGAAACAAGACUAGAGACUGCAAUAAGAAAUCAACAUAACAACGCUGUUGAAACUUCUUUCAAUUUAUAUGAUCAACAAAUGCAUCAUAAUUUUUUGUCAGUUUUAUUACUUAAUAAUCACCACGAAUCUUGUAAAACAAGAGCACUUGACAAUUAUCAUAAUAUUAGAUUCUUAGGAAGCAGUCUUGAUCUGCAUAAUGAAUACGAACAAGAGCUUACCAGGAAAAUCGACGAACGGUUUUUAAUUUACAGAGAGAGAUUUGAUUUAGAAAGAGAACGUCAGCUUCUAAAUGAACAAAGAACAAAUCAAUUGCGUCAACGACUGCUUAGACCAAGUCCUUCAACAGAAUCUUCACUCGAAUCUUUAUCAUUGGCACCAGUAGGUCUUCAUCAACUGUUCAGACCACGUGAUUCAAUAGAAUCUUCUUCAGUGGCAACGGUAUCAUUUAAUGCUUUACGUAUUACAGCAGGACUUGUAGCAAUUGGUUAUGGUAUUUACGAAAUAGUAUGCGCAACAAAUAGCUCUUCUUCUACAAGACGGUACUCAACUGAUGAUGAUGACUCUAGUUCUGACUCUUAAAAUAAGUGAUGUAAAAUCGAUGUCGGUUCAUUAUUAUUAAUACUAUUUUGUUCUUAAAUUGUCUUAAAGUUUGUUUAUUGUUCUGAAUAUUAUUUAGUAAUUAAUUAUAGAAUAAAAAAUGCUAAUAAUA